UGGUCGCCAUGUUGUCUUUGUAAAACUCACUGACUUAUAUGAGAGAAGCAUGACAGGAAAACUAGCUAACAUCACCUCCAAUGAGCCUUGAGAAUACUUUAAAAAUGUCAUAUUUUUUUAGUUUAAGCUGUAUUUCAUGUUAACCUCACUGCUGACAGUGUGCUAAACGUAUUUUGAGGUUAUUUUAAGUCUGUACGUUGGUGUUUAGCUGCCUUGAAGUAGCUUUUAGCCGGCAAGGUACAGUAAGCUAACAAAAUCAGUGAAAGUUACCUUCACACUGUUAUGGCAUAAAUAUGAUGAAAAAAAUCCAAUUCAGUCUCUAAUAUAGCUAAUAAACUAAAGGUGAACACAGUUAAAUACAGCGAAAGAUUCACACAUAGAGAAUCCCGUUGAGAAACCAGUCAGUUGACAGUUAUCAUGCGGUGUGUUUUCAUUGAGAAAUGUUUUAUUAAGAUGAAUUAUCGUAUAAACUUCUGAAAUUUAACUUCAGUGAUAAGAGCAAACAGUCUAUUUUAUCAGCCGAAUGAAAAAAGACACGGUUUUAAGUAAAAUUUGUCGUUUUUUGUCGCAUUUUUUCAAGAAGCUGUUGAACUUUUUCACAAUGCGACGACUUUUAACGAGAGUCAUAAACCGAGUUCUGCUGAGUGAACCGUUUACAGCAGCGAUGAUCUCUGAAGCAGAAAUACACACACAAGGUCGCCGAAAACUGGUGGUGGGGCUGGGUAACACGGGGAUGGAGAGUACCAGACACAGCGUGGGCAUGGCGGUGCUCGGCGCGCUCGCCGCCCGGCUCGGUGUGGCCGACCGUUGGCGCGGCGACAAGCAAGUGUCCGGUGAGGUCAUCGUGUCAGAGGUACAACACACGCACGUGGUGCUGCUCCGUCCCAAGCUGCUCAUGAACAUCAACGGAGUGUCAGUGGCCAAAGCAGCUGGUAAAUACGGCGUCAAGCCUGAAGACGUCCUGCUGGUCCACGACGAACUGGACAAACCUCUGGGGAAGAUCGCCGUCAAAUACGGAGGAAGCGCCAGAGGUCAUAACGGCGUCCGCUCCUGCAUCGACUGUCUUCAGACUGAUGUGAUGCUCCGGCUUCGGGUCGGGAUCGGCCGGCCGACAGGGAAAACGUCGGUGGAGCGUCACGUCCUGAGCCGGUUCUCCUCAGAGGAACAGAAGGUUUUGGACUCUGUUCUGGUCCAGAGCGUGGACCUACUCCUCGCCCAGCUCUCCCAGGAAGACUCCCAGCAGGACUCCCAGUCCCCCUCCUCACCAGCAGGGGGCAGACAAGCAGCACAGAAGAGGAAAGCGAGGGAGCGCUCAGCCUCUCCAGCUGAGGACUCUGCUGCCGGUCAGAUAUGAGGCUGAAUGUUUCUGAACUCUCAAAGACACGACUGCCUCGAAUAGAAAACACAGAGAGAAGGACUUUACUCAUAUUUAUUUCCUCUGUGGUGUGAGAUACAUUUAUUAGAAGUGAGACACCUCUAAGAAAGAGAAGAGCUGCAACUAAUGAUGGUUUGUAUCUGAACUGAACCUUCAUAAAAUGUCAAAAAUGAUGGAAGUCAGUCACAGGUUUCCAGUCUGACCAGCAGCCAGAAAACCCAAAGAAUGAAUUGUGUAUUUACUCAUGUUUGUGUGAUUAUUGAUUGAGAUCAAUACCUCAAAAACCUGUCAACAGAUUUCAGUGAAAUUCAGUGGACAGUUUGUUCCGUUGCAGAGGAAUGAAUUAUAAUGUUUUUGGUGCUGAUCCAGAAAUUAAUUAAAGCAUUUCUUAACGUUG